UUGUGGUGAAUAAAAUAUAUGUAAAACAUAUGAAUGUAUUUUACAGAUCACAGUACGUCCCUUCUUGCCUCGGUGGGAGUCAUUUUUCAAAAACAGGGGCUUUUUGAGGUCCCAGAAUGAUCCCGUGCUCGGGAGGCGGAAGAGUAGUGCUCCGGGUCAGGAGGCAGACCUCAGAUGACCGAAUUGGCGGGAGAAUGGGUUUGCGAUCCACGAGCUGAAGCUGCGGUGGCUCAUCGAGGUUCAUUGUCGCGGGAGUAACGUGAGGAUUCUUUCUCUUCUGGAAGCUGACGGGACCAGAAUACAGACAAUACCAAAGUGGUGACUGACGAAAUCUCAAGAGAAAGCAUUUUUGCCUUGCACGUGGGACCGCUGCUGGGCGCACCAUGGCUCCUGUGAAGAUCAGCCAUGUGGUAUCCUUUUCCUCUCAGGAUCCCAGGUAUCCUGUGGAGAACUUGUUGAACCCAGACAGUCAGAGGGGUCCUUGGCUCAGCUGCCCUCAGGACAAGAGUGGGCAACUGAAAGUGGAAUUACAGCUGGAGAGGGCGGUGCCCAUUGGCUACAUCGAUGUGGGUAACUGUGGCUGUGCUUUCCUGCAGAUUGAUGUGGGCCGUUCUUCCUGGUCCCUGGACAGACCUUUUGUCACGCUGCUCCCUGCAACCAUGCUAAUGUCCCUAGCUGAUUCAAAGCAGGGAAAAAACCGCUCAGGGGUCCGCAUGUUUAAAGAUGAUGAUUUCCUGGCUCCAGCCUCUGGUGAGUCAUGGGAUCGACUUCGCCUGACCUGCUCCCAGCCCUUCACACGUCACCAGUCCUUUGGCCUGGCCUUCCUGCGUGUGUGUUCCUCGCUGGACUCCUUGGAUGCUCCUGUGGUGGAUGUCUCAGCCCCUGUGAGCUCUGGGCUGAGCCAGGGCUCUUCUGACAACCCCGAGUCUGGACCCAGCCCCUGGAUGGCUAAUCCUUCUAUCCGGAGGACAUUCUUCCCAGAUCCCCAAACGAGCACCAAAGAAAUUUCAGAGCUUAAGAAUAUCCUAAAGCAGUUACAUCCAGGGACUUUGGGGCGUUCGGCCCGCAUGGUGCUUUCAGCUGCCCGCAGGGCGCCUCCAGCCAGUGUGGCAAGCCCAAACAACCCUGCAGAACCAGGUCCCAGUCGUCCAGACAGCACAGACCCCAGACCAGAGGCGCAAAACUCAGAGAAUAAUAUGGGCAGGCCGAAAAGACGGAAAAUGCAAGCCUGUAGGCCUUUAUCCAACUCGAACUCUCAGCCAAACAGGAGGGGAGUAGCAAAAGCGAAAGCACGGCACCGAGAACAGCACGGACCCCAGGCUCGAAGCAGCGGCAUCCAGGAGAGUGGAGAGUGCCCCAUUUGUGCAGGCUCCUUCCGCCUUGAGACUCUUCCCCAGCAUGCUGCCACUUGUGGAGAGCCCGCCCCACCUCACCCAGCCUCUCCCUCCUCGUCUCCUUCGUCAUCACUGUCUGUCGUAGGAUUUCAUUGUGUGGCACUAACACCAGUUCCCCUGGUCUCCAGGCCACAGCCGAGAUGGACCGAGAUUGUGAACAAAAAGCUGAAGUUCCCUCCUCCGCUCCUGGGUGCCAUCCAGGCGGGGCGGCUGGACCUGGUGCAGCAGCUACUGGAGUCAGGGGUCGAGGGGGGCGGCAGGCCAGGCGGACCCCUGCGGAAUGUGGAGGAGACUGAGGACCGCUCUUGAAGGGAAGCUCUCAAUCUGACCAUCCGCCUGGGCCACGAGGCCAUCAUUGAUAUGCUCUUAGCCAAUGUCAAGUUUGACUUCCAGCAGAUCCACGAGGCACUGCUAGUAGCAGUGGACACAAACCAACCAGCAGUGGUGCGUCACCUGCUGGCCCGGCUAGAACGGGAGAAGGACCCCAAAGUGGACACCAGGUCCUUCUCGCUGGCUUUCUUUGACUCAUCAAUCGAUGGCUCCCGCUUUGUGCCUGGUGUCACUCCACUCACCCUGGCCUGCCAGAAGGACCUGUAUGAGAUAGCGCAGCUGCUCAUGGACCAGGGCCACACCAUUGCCCGGCCCCACCCGAUAUCCUGCGCCUGCCUCGAGUGCAGCAAUGCCCGCCGCUACGACCUGCUGAAGUUCUCCCUGUCUCGCAUCAACACCUACCGUGGCAUUGCCAGCAGGGCCCACCUUUCACUGGCCAGUGAGGACGCCAUGCUGUCUGUCUUCCAGCUCAGCCGAGAGCUCAGGCGCCUUGCACGCCAGGAGCCUGAAUUUAAGCCCGAGUACAUUGCCCUGGAGUUGCUGAGCCAGGACUACAGCUUUGAACUGCUGGGCAUGUGCCAGAACCAGAGUGAGGUCACUGCAGUGCUCAAUGACCUGGGUGAGGACAGCGAGACUGAGCCGGAGACCGAAGGCCUGGCCCAGGGACUUGAGGAAGGCAUCCCCAACCUGGCGAGGCUGCGACUGGCCUUUGUAGCACACCCCAUCUGCCAGCAAGUCCUGUCCUCCAUCUGGUGUGGGAACCUGGCUGGCUGGCGUGGAAGCACCACCAUCUGGAAGCUCUUUGUCGCCUUCCUCAUCUUCCUCACCAUGCCCUUCCUCUGCCUUGGCUACUGGCUGGAGCCCAAGUCCCGGCUGGGCCACCUGCUAGCGAUCCCGGUGCUGACGGUCCUGCUGCACUCUGCCUCCUACCUGUGGUUCCUCAUCUUCCUGCUGGGAGAGUCCCUGGUCAUGGAAACACAGCUGAGUACCUUCCACGGCCAUAGCCAGAGCGUCUGGGAGAGUUCACUACACAUGGUUUGGGUCACAGGCUUCCUAUGGUUUGAGUGUAAGGAAGUGUGGAUCCAGGGCCUGUGCAGUUACUCCCUGGACUGGUGGAACUUCCUGGACGUGGUCAUCCUGUCGCUUUAUCUGGCGGCCUUUGCACUACGGCUCCCCCUGGCUGGGCUUGCCCACAUGCACUGCCGAGAUGCCCCCGAUGGGGUUGCCUGCCACUAUUUCACCACAGCUGAGAGAAGUGAGUGGCGCACCGAGGACCCCCAGUUCUUGGCUGAGGUGCUCUUUGCUGUCACCAGCAUGCUCAGCUUCACCCGCCUGGCCUACAUUCUGCCGGCCCAUGAGUCGUUGGGCACUCUGCAGAUUUCCAUUGGCCAGAUGAUCAAUGACAUGAUCCGGUUCAUGUUCAUCCUCAUGAUCAUGCUGACUGCCUUCCUGUGUGGCCUCAACAACAUGUAUGUGCCCUACCAGGAGACAGAGCGGCUUGCCAAUUUCAAUGAGACCUUCCAGUUUCUGUUCUGGACCAUGUUCGGCAUGGAGGAGCACAGUGUGGUAGACAUGCCUCAGUUUCUGGUACCUGAAUUCGUGGGCCGGGCCCUCUAUGGCAUCUUUACCAUUGUCAUGGUCAUUGUGCUGCUCAACAUGCUCAUUGCCAUGAUCACCAACUCCUUCCAGAAGAUUGAGGACGAUGCCGAUGUGGAAUGGACGUUUGCUCGCUCCAAGCUCUACCUGUCCUACUUCCGAGAGGGCCUGACGCUGCCUGUGCCCUUCAACAUCCUGCCCUCGCCCAAGGCUGUCUUCUACUUUCUCAGAAUUUUCCUGUUCAUUUGCUGUUGCUGCUCCUGCUCCAAAACCAAGACGCCAGACUAUCCCCCAAUCCCAUCCCAGGCCAAUCCUGGGGCAGGGGCAGGGCCUGGGGAGGGAGAGUGUGGAUCCUACCGCCUUCGAGUCAUCAAGGCCCUGGUACAGCGCUACAUAGAGACUGCGCGGAGGGAGUUUGAGGAGACCCGUCGGAAAGACCUGGGCAACAGACUGACAGAGCUGACCAAGACUGUCUCUCGACUGCAAAGUGAAGUAGCCGAUGUGAGACUGACUCUGGCGGAGGGGACACCCCGGCCCCCCUGCGGUGCCAGCAUCCUCAGUUGCUACAUCACUCGAGUACGCAACAGCUUCCAGAACCUGGGGCCCCCCAUCCCUGAGACCCCAGAGCUGACAGUGCCAGGGAUUGUGGGGACCCAAGUGGCUUCAGAAACAGGGCUUCAGGACCCUGGAGGGGCUGGGACUCCAGCUUCCAGUGAGCCUGGCCCUUCCUCUCCAGCUCAUGUGCUAGUGCAUAGGGAGCAGGAGUCAGAGGGGGCUGGGGACCUGCCCCAGGCGGAAGGUUUGGAAACCAAGGGGGGGUCCUGA